CUAACUCACUAGUGGUACCAUUAUAUGUGGCACUUAAUGGUACCACUAAAUAACUGCACUGGUUAACCCUAUCAAGAAUGUUGCUGCCGCCAAUAUUCAUCGUGUUGUCAUCAUUCUCUUCCAAGGGUGCCACAACCCGAAGCUCGAAAUUGUUGCUUUUCUCCACGUUAACGUUCUCCUCCUUCUCAUUUUUGCCCUGUCUCUUCGUUGACAAGGUCCUCGUCGUCAAAAAAUCCUACAUCGUCCACCAUGAUAACAUCACCGCCAUUCUCUGUCUCUUCAGCUACGGCAUCGUCAUUGCAUAUGUAUGGGACGUUCAGGUCGACCCCAAACAAGCCAAGUUGUUCAGCUCCGACACCAUCUACGUCGGCCUCGUAGUCCAUGUUGUUGUCCAUUGUAAUCCGGCGACAGCGUGAAGGGAUUUCCAACGAAGUAUUGCGGGCAGUUAUGGAAGGGUAAGAUUUUAGGAAUGGAAACAUACGCGAGAUGCAAUUAUGGUUAGUAUCAUUCCAUCCCACAAAUCACGCUCCCCAUGCAUUUAUUUUUUAAAUUUUCAAAAUCAAUCCUAUAAAUCUAGUUACACACAAAUCCUUGCUCUUUUCUGAACCAUCGGAUGUAAAAAGGCCAUCUACGGUUGGGAAGAGGGAAGCGAAAAUCACAACCCCCAUAGGGGGAAGUGAUGCUAUCCCACCCUGUCUUGGGUUUUAUCUUGGAGAUGAAGAUAGUAGGCCCCUCCAUAUCUCAUUGUAUUUCCUUUUGUUUCUGUUCCAUUUUUCUUUCGGGUUAAUAUGCCAAUAUGGUCUCUGCCUUUAUCUAAAUCAGGGUUCAAGAAGGCGUGCCUAGGCGCACGCCUAGGCUCAAUUAGGCUCUAGGCGGUGGAGGAUCGCUUUGACUUGGCCAUAUGCAUUGUAAAAGGCGCUGGUUUUGCUUAGUAGGUAGGAAUAGCGCUUAGUUUGCGCCUAAUGGAGAGAAGGCGUGCCUGGGCGAGCUUAGGCGGUUAAACCCAAUACUCUUCGUUUUGUCCUAGAAAAUCAUAAACUUGCCUCUUCCCCUAGAAAAUCAGAAACACGGGAAGUAACAUCUGUUGCCGCCUGCCGCCCUAGCUCUCGCCCCAUCUGCUACCGCCUGCCGCCCUAACUCUCACCCCAUUUGCUGCUCUCUGCGGCCGCAGGAGAAAGUCAUCGAUCACUCUUCUCGCUUUCACACCGCUCCGCUGCUAUAGUGGGAAAUAAAAUCGAAACUCGCCA